GAGCUGGGGGUGUGGAGCAGCCAAGAUGGAGCCGGCAGCCGGCGGUCCUGGCCCGCUGAUCAUGAACAACAAACAGCCUCAGCCACCACCACCUCCGCCACCGGCAACCGCGCAGCCUCCACCCGGAGCCCCGCGGGCCGGCGGGGGCCUCCUGCCCGGGGGGAAGGCCCGAGAGUUCAACCGCAACCAGCGCAAAGACUCGGAGGGCUAUUCCGAGUCGCCAGAUCUCGAGUUUGAAUAUGCUGACACAGACAAGUGGGCUGCAGAGCUCUCAGAGCUUUACAGCUACACAGAAGGGCCAGAAUUCCUGAUGAAUCGAAAAUGCUUUGAGGAGGACUUCCGGAUCCAUGUAACAGAUAAGAAAUGGACUGAGCUGGAUACCAACCAGCACCGUACCCAUGCCAUGAGGCUCCUGGAUGGCCUGGAAGUUACUGCCAGGGAGAAAAGACUCAAGGUGGCUCGAGCAAUUCUCUAUGUUGCCCAAGGCACAUUUGGAGAGUGCAGCUCGGAGGCAGAGGUGCAGUCCUGGAUGCGCUACAACAUCUUUCUGCUCCUGGAGGUGGGCACGUUCAAUGCAUUGGUGGAGCUUCUGAACAUGGAGAUAGACAACAGUGCGGCCUGCAGCAGCGCAGUGAGGAAGCCGGCCAUCUCCCUGGCAGACAGCACAGACCUGAGGGUCCUGCUUAACAUCAUGUACCUGAUUGUGGAGACUGUUCAUCAGGAGUGUGAGGGUGAUAAGGCUGAGUGGAGGACCAUGCGACAGACCUUCAGGGCUGAGCUGGGUUCCCCCCUGUACAACAAUGAACCAUUUGCCAUCAUGCUGUUUGGGAUGGUGACCAAAUUUUGCAGUGGCCAUGCCCCUCACUUCCCCAUGAAGAAAGUUCUCUUGCUGCUCUGGAAGACAGUAUUGUGCACCCUGGGUGGCUUUGAGGAACUCCAGAGCAUGAAGGCUGAGAAGCGCAUGGUCCUGGGUCUCCCCCCGCUGCCUGAGGACAGCAUCAAGGUGAUCCGCAACAUGAGGGCUGCCUCUCCGCCAGCAUCUGCCUCAGACCUGAUUGAGCAGCAGCAGAAGCGGGGCCGUCGGGAGCAUAAGGCACUGAUAAAACAGGACAACUUGGAUGCCUUCAACGAGCGGGAUCCCUACAAGGCUGAUGACUCUCGGGAAGAGGAAGAGGAGAAUGAUGAUGACAACAGUCUGGAGGGGGAGACAUUCCCCCUUGAGCGGGAUGAAGUGAUGCCUCCCCCGUUACAGCAGCCUCAGACUGACAGGCUCACCUGCCCAAAGGGGCUUCCGUGGGCUCCCAAGGUCAGAGAGAAGGACAUUGAGAUGUUCCUCGAGUCCAGCCGCAGCAAGUUUAUAGGUUACACUCUAGGCAGUGAUACAAACACAGUGGUGGGGCUGCCCAGGCCAAUCCACGAAAGCAUCAAGACUCUGAAACAGCACAAGUACACAUCGAUUGCAGAGGUCCAGGCCCAGAUGGAGGAGGAGUACCUUCGCUCUCCCCUCUCAGGGGGAGAAGAGGAAGUGGAGCAAGUACCUGCAGAAACCCUGUACCAAGGCUUGCUUCCCAGCCUGCCUCAGUACAUGAUCGCUCUGCUGAAGAUCCUGCUGGCUGCGGCCCCCACCUCAAAGGCCAAAACGGACUCAAUCAACAUCUUAGCAGAUGUCCUGCCUGAGGAGAUGCCCACCACGGUGUUGCAGAGCAUGAAGCUGGGCGUGGAUGUGAACCGCCACAAGGAGGUCAUUGUUAAGGCCAUUUCCGCUGUCCUGCUGUUGCUGCUCAAGCAUUUUAAGUUGAACCACGUCUACCAGUUUGAAUACAUGGCCCAGCACCUGGUGUUUGCCAACUGCAUCCCUUUGAUCCUGAAGUUCUUCAAUCAAAACAUCAUGUCCUACAUCACCGCCAAGAACAGCAUCUCUGUCCUGGAUUACCCCCACUGCGUGGUGCACGAGCUGCCGGAGCUGACCGCCGAGAGUCUGGAGGCAGGUGACAAUAACCAGUUUUGCUGGAGGAACCUCUUUUCCUGUAUCAAUCUGCUUCGGAUCUUGAACAAGCUGACAAAGUGGAAGCACUCGAGGACCAUGAUGCUGGUGGUGUUCAAGUCGGCCCCCAUCCUGAAGCGCGCCCUCAAGGUGAAGCAGGCCAUGAUGCAACUGUACGUGCUCAAGCUGCUCAAGGUGCAGACCAAGUACCUGGGGCGGCAGUGGCGGAAGAGCAACAUGAAGACCAUGUCUGCCAUCUACCAGAAGGUGCGGCAUCGGCUGAACGACGACUGGGCGUAUGGCAACGAUCUUGAUGCCCGGCCUUGGGACUUCCAGGCAGAGGAAUGCGCCCUCCGUGCCAAUAUCGAACGCUUCAACGCCCGGCGGUACGACCGGGCCCAUAGCAACCCGGACUUCCUGCCUGUGGACAACUGCCUACAGAGUGUCCUGGGCCAGCGGGUGGACCUCCCUGAGGACUUCCAGAUGAACUAUGACCUCUGGUUAGAAAGGGAGGUCUUCUCCAAGCCCAUUUCUUGGGAGGAGCUGCUGCAGUGAGGCUCCUGGGCAGGGGACUGACAAGGAAAGAGGGGGUGACCUGGAGGUGCCCCAGGGGCUGUCCCAGUCCGUGGGUGCAGUGCUCCCACCUUCCUCCAGGUGGCAGCAUGGCCCCACCGUGCCCUCCCUAGGCUGUUCUGGGCUGGUGGGGGAGGCCAGAUUUGGCCCCUCAUUGAUUCCCAGCGUCCUGCUCUGAGUGCAGUCUGCUCUCAGCUUGGGAUCCCCUCUUCCUUCACUCCUCCCUACCCUCUUCUCUUGGAUACGGUUGGUUGCAGCUCAUUUCUCAUUCAGCCCAAGGCUGGGAAAAGCUGGAGUGGGCUGGGAAGCCAUUGCAUCUGAAUCGCAGGGGUCAUGCUGACUCUUCCCAAGAUGCACAGAUUCUUGGUAUGUCAGCCUGCCGAGGAGGAGGGCUUAGGGUAUGGGCCAGGGCCAGAAAGUUGGAAUCUUGGUUUUGCUUUGGGGGUUUCUGAUGUCAUUCCAGCCUCCUGCUAAGUUUCGUCCAGAAGCAGUUGCAGAGGCUCCUACAUCUGCCUCAAUGCUUUGAUUUGGGAUGGGGUUAGGGGGUAGGAAGGAAGCUGCGCUUUGCCAGAGAUGCCACUUCUCCUCUGGGUUUGUGAGGGUCUGUAAAUACCUAUAUAUAUAUCUGUGUAUUCUCUCAUGUCCUGUUGGGGUUUUUAACGUGUUUGUGUAUUCUGUUUACAUUAAAAAGCAAAACCAA